GCAGCAGGUGUCGCCACCGUGAUAUAGCUUUACAUAGGUGAAAUGCGCAGAAAAGUGGAAUGAUGAAUUAAAUGUACUUUGAUAAACGGGUUGGUUCGCGUUUUGUGAGAAACGAGUGCAAAAAGUGUUGUGUUAACCAUAAUUUUCGUUAAUUUGGAUCGUCCAAUGAUGAGGAAACUGUAAAUAUUCGUGAGCAAAUGUUUCGCUUGUUGCAUAGUUACCAAGGCGACUGGAGUGCAUACGUAUGCGUGUCGGAAAUUGUGCUAUGAAAAGAGAACGAUCAUUGAGGUAACGAUUCCACGGCUAUCUUCGUACCAACGGCAAUUCCAUGUUUCAAAAAUUUGCGGCCUGAGAACAGGAAUAUUAUGGACUAUCCAGUUUUAGGUCAUUACGACCCGUCCGUAGAAGCCUCGGCCGAUAGCGGUGGCGACGAGCAAGAACUCCUUUGGGAAGAAUCAAAUUAUGUUUUGUCCAACGACGAAUAUGUACCUGCAGCAGAGCAAUUUGGAGAAGAUUUUGCUGGAGCCGAGUUUCAUGAAACUCGUACUUUACUCGCUGAUGGAGGCGAUAGAUUUGGAGUUUCCACUGUCGCUUUUGACAAUAUUGAAGAACUUAUGUGGAUGGGGAAUCAAGGGGGUCAUGUAACAUCUUAUUAUGGGUCAGGUUUGCAAAAGUAUACCUCGUUCCAAGUUCAUGCCACUCAAGAAGUCAGACAUAUUCAUCCGUUGGAUGAAGGAAUUUUAAUCUUAACACAGAGCUUACUGAGAUGUCAGUUGAGACGUGGUAUACCAAUAUUCACACACAUGUCAUCGAAUAUGAUAGAUAUGCAAUGUAUGUUGCAAAUUUCACCAACAAGGUUACUUAUGGGAGGUCAUCAGGAAAAAAUAAUUGAUUUUAAUCUGACUAGAGGAAAAGAGACCGGAUUAGUACACGUAGGUGAAAAUGGUUGUGCAAUUUUAAGGCAGCAUAGCAGACUUAUAUGCUGUGGCAAUCCUGCCGGAAGAAUUGAUCUCAGAGAUCCAAAUACGUUAUCGAUAGAGCACACUUUUGAUACCCAUAGUGGUUCUCUCAGUGACUUUGAUGUUCAAGGAAAUUAUCUUGUUACCUGUGGUUUUAGUAACAGUCGUCAGGGUUUAUCAGUAGAUCGAUUCUUAAUGGCAUAUGACUUAAGACAAAUGAGAGCAUUAAGCCCUGUUACAACCUUGGUAUAUCCUCUCUUAUUGAAAUUUCUACCCAGCUAUUCCAGUCGUUUAGCUGUUGUAGCACCAUUGGGACAAAUGCAACUUCUUGAUACUAUCUAUGCUAAUGUACAGCCAGCCGUGACAUGCUUGUAUCAGGUUGCAACUGGCGGUGCAAUGAUAUUAUCGUUCGAUGUAUCUUCUACAUCUCAAUGUCUGUGCUUUGGAGAUUCGGCAGGUUCUAUACAUCUUAUGUCCACAAAUACACCUGAGCCACAAUUUAAUACAUUCUCUCGGCCAACUGAAUUUGCUGAUCCAGUUGAUUCAAUUCAAUCUAUAUCGUUUGAUGAUGAUGUCACGCCAUUAAGUACAAUACCAGUUGUUUAUACUGGCCAUCCAUUGUUGAGCGAUUGGCCAGAGGAAUAUUUAAAAAAAGUUUAUAGGAAAACACCAACGAUUGAUCCUGAAAUAUUGCGUACAAUGAAGAUGCAAGGAACUAUAGGUUAUGCCCCAAAUCCUCAGGCAUUUCGCAGAAAUCAAAUACCUUACAAUUUGGAAAAACGACGGGGAGUAGUUGCGAAGCUUUUCGCGGGAGACUCACGGUCUAAAACAGACGACGGCACCUUUGUGGCCAUACCUAAACGUUAUCGUAAAAUCGAGGUGAAAUACUCACGUCUCGGUUACGAUGAGUUUGAUUUUGAUCAGUAUAAUCGCACCAACUUCUGCGGUCUCGAAGCCACUCUUCCCAACAGUUAUUGUAACGCUAUGCUGCAGUUACUUUAUUAUUGCGAACCUGUGAGAAUAGCAUUGCUCUCUCAUUCCUGUCAAAGAGAAUUCUGCCUGUCCUGCGAACUAGGAUUCUUGUUUCAUAUGUUAGAUACAUCUCGAGGAUUGCCUUGCCAGGCAGCCAAUUUUCUUCGAGCUUUCCGAACGGUUCCCGAAGCAGCAGCCUUGGGACUUAUACUUAGUGAUCUCCAUCCGGAAGCCAAGAGAAAAACGAAUUUAAUACGAUUGAUACAGAGUUGGAAUAGAUUUAUAUUACACCAGAUUCACUAUGAAAUUUUGGAAACAAGGAAACGUCAACAAGAGGAAGAGGAAGCUGCUAGGCUUAAAUCAGGGCCCAAAUGUCCACCGUUCGUUUAUAAUGAGCAGGAUUUUCCUAGUAUUUUACAAGACAUUGGCUCUCGGUACAGAAGCCAUGCAGAAGAAAGGAAAAAAAGGAGAAAGCAAGAGGAGGAUGGUAAAUAUAUGUGGAUCACAUCGAAAGAUAAAAACAGCAAGAAAUCUAUCGAAGAGAAUGAAGUACGAGACGAAGAGACAGAGAUCAGUCGUUUAUUUGGAUCUGAACAAAUGCACAUACACCGCUGUCUCAAAUGUGGGCAAGAAGCUAUGAAACAUUCCAUCAUGUUGCUGUGUAACUUAGUUUAUCCGGAAUUAACACAUCCUUCAGAGGAGGUUCCAUUUACAAGUGUUCUUGCCCGCAGUUUAAAACCCGAGAAAAUUACACCUGCAUGGUGUGACAAUUGUCAGAAAUUUACACCCACUCUCCAAUCUCGGCAAUUGACUAAACUACCUCAAAUAUUGGCUCUGAACUGUGGUUUAGAUACACAGCAGGAUAAAGUGUUCUGGCAAGCACAAAUGGAUAUAGUCGUUCAAAAAGUAUUAAGUGGCAAGGAGAGUAGUCCGUCUUCGAGUCCUAUUCCCAUUACCGUGAAACCAUGUCGGUACGGUAACAAUUGUACUCGAAUUGGCUGUAGAUUCAGACACAUUGGUAGAGAUCCAGAAAAUAUAUCAACGUCACCAGUUACUCCACCGACAGCGACUUCGACACCGGUCGCAACACCACCUAGUCACUUGUAUUAUUCUCAUUCAUGGAUUCCACACAAUAUAGAGAUCUCCUUGAAUAGUAGCUGUGAGUUGUUCGUGGAGAAGAUAAGUGUUCCAAAGAACGAUUCUAACGAAAAUAAUAAGUCGACCAACGAGAUCCUAGUAGAAAACGGUCAGAAGGCUGACAAGAUACAUGAUUCUGAGAUUACUGGAGAAGGAGAGAACGUAGCUGAAAAUCAUAUUAACGCAAAACCAGAUAACGAUGAGAAGGACGAAAACAAAACUGAUGAGAAUUUGGAUAAAGUUCAAUAUAGUCUUAGUGCUGUUGUUUGUUAUAUCGAUGAUAAGACUAAUGAAGAUAGGAGGAAUAUUGUUGCCUUGCUGCGAGUUGGACCAAAUUUUCAUGAACGAUCGGCUGGUAGUGCGGUAUCGCAGUGGUACAUUUUUAACGAUUUUUGUAUAUCCGCAGUAACGCCGCAAGAAGCGGUAUGGUUCAAUCUUGAUUGGAAGGUUCCGUGUGUCCUUCAUUACACGGCUGUGCCUGCACCCGAACCAUUACCGUUUGUCAGUCCGCUUACCUAUGACGUAUUUGGCGAAGAUAAGUGCAUUGCUCGCAGUGGGGGGACGAGGGGUAUCACAUUUACUCCAUUAACGUCCGACGAAAUGCCUAAAAAAGGUGAACUAGUUGGAAUUGAUGCAGAAUUUGUAACGUUGAAUCAGGAAGAGUCCGAGCUUCGAAGCGAUGGAAAAAUGUCCACCAUAAAACCAAGUCAUAUGUCAGUUGCACGUAUAACUUGUAUACGUGGCCAAGGUCCUUUGGAGGGAACUCCCUUCAUUGAUGAUUAUAUAAGCACUCAAGAACAGGUAGUGGAUUAUUUGACAAAAUUCAGUGGCAUUCAGCCAGGUGAUUUGGACGCAAACUUUAGUAGCAAACAUUUGACCACUUUAAAGUCAACGUACCAAAAACUACGAUUCCUCGUUGAUAAUGGAAUCAUGUUUGUUGGUCAUGGACUGAAAAAUGACUUUAGAGUGAUAAAUUUAGUCGUUCCACCGGAACAGAUAGUAGAUACAGUAUUGUUGUUUCAUUUACCCCAUCAUCGUAUGGUAUCGUUGCGUUUUCUUACGUGGCAUUUUUUGGGUAAAAAAAUUCAGUCGGAAACACAUGAUUCUGCAGAAGAUGCCAGAGCUGCUCUCGAGUUGUAUCGUAAAUACAAAGAGUUAGAGAGUUCUGGUAAGCUGGCCGAAUCACUAAAGGAGCUUUACAAUAUUGGCAACCAAUUACAAUGGAAAGUAAGGAUAGUGGAUUAUUUAAAAUAUUCAUUGUGUAUCGAUAUUUUGAUUGAUUUGACUUUUUUUUUCAGGUUCCGGACAGCUGAUAUGAGGAUGACUCUCAGGAAGAAAUGCAUGAUUUAAUUACGCGCAACGACAAUGAAGUUUAGACGAUGAUUUUAAAGUAUAAUCGUAGAUCAGUCGACGAAUAAACUUCGAAAGACAUCGUCUUUCACGGCGUCGAUUCUUAAGCGAUAGAAUCGUACGUUUUUCCUGUUCAAAAAGAGUCCAAUUAUUCAUACACAGAUACUAGGAAAAUUCCAAGAUUAAAUGCGGUAAUGAUGUUACGAGUUAAUGAUUACGGGUACAACUGCAUUCUCAUUCGUGUUUGGUAUUUUCUUACCUCACGACACACUGGCGCGUGAGAUCGUUGGAUCUCAACUCAACUGUUAUCCAUUUCUUAGUUACGCUCUAUUUGAUCGAGAUUGUUAUAAAUUAUCACGCCAAAGUUUUAAAGAAAACAAAAUUCCUUCCUGAGUGUAAUUAAUUUUUUUUUUUUUUUUUUUUGAAAGUAUUAAAGCAAAAUGUCUGGCAUGUAUUCAAUGGUAAUCGUAUACAUACAUAUUGUUCGAUAGCAGAUUAGCAUUUUGAAGAGCAGUACCGAUGCCACACUGCCUAAAACGAACAUAUUUACAAAUAUAUUUAAUUUCUUGAUAUAUUCUAAAUGGAGCAUCUACACACAUACAUAUAAGUUUAUCUUGCUCGGUAAAUCAUUUUAACCCUUCACUGACUAGUUUCACUAUUGAAGUUUGAAAACUAGUUCAGACUUUCGAUAUUUAAAUGGAGUGAAAAAUUAUAUCAUUAAAAAGUUUAUUUCUUGUACUUCAAAUCGGUAUACGAAUAUCUUACAAUUAUUGAAAGAUUAUUUACAAAAAUAACAAAGAAAUCAUGCCAUAUGCCUGAAGUGCGUAUGUUGCAUCGCUGAAGGAUUGCUAGUACUUGUAUGUAAUCGAAAAUUAGUAUUUUUAGUAAUAAUUCUGGAGAAGGUGUAUCUAUACGAGUCGUUUUUCAUGAUUUCCUUUUUUAUACAUAUAUUUUUUGAAAUAUUGACUUUUGUAAUGUUUGUAAUGUUUUGUCCAACGACAGCUCGCUAAAAAAGGAAGAAAAUAUGGAGACACAUUUUUAUAAGAUUUACUUCAUCUCCGUGGUAGAUUUCAUUUCGUCUCACGAAUUUAUGGAAGUCAUUUUCGCUCGUUUGCAAAAAAACAAAUCAAUCAUUGAAAGAACCACAAAUUUUUCUAAAGAUCCUUUUCUACUUUGAGGUUCUAGAAAUGCAAAGAAAAAUAAUAUUAAAUGAAAUGCGGUAGUAUAUUUUACAAAAUAAUUGUACUCAUAGAUUAUUUUUGUAUACAUUUUAUCAAUGACAAU